ACUACAGAGACGCAAGCCUGGGAAUUCAUCAAUUCAGUGACAUUUAUCCCAAUUCCAAUCACCGGAGUCGGUGUUAAUGACGAUGUUGUUCUCCCUUAGUCAUGCUAGAAAGGCAAGGUCUUUGAGUUCUCAAAUUUAUUGCCUUGCCAAUUCUCAUCUCUCCGCAGCUACUAAUCCAUCGUGGAAGCAUCGAACUAAGCUGAGAAUUCCCAAUUUGAUUGGUGGCAGCUUUGUAGAUUCAAAGUCAUCUGAUUCAAUUGAUGUUAUAAACCCAGCUACACAAGAAGUGGUCUCACAGAUACCACUAACUACAAAUGAGGAGUUCAAAUCUGCAGUAUCUGCAGCAAAAGAGGCAUUUCCGUCGUGGAAGAACACACCGAUAACAACAAGGCAGCGUGUCAUGUUAAAGUACCAAGACCUUAUACGAAAAAACAUGGACAAGUUAGCCCUGAACAUUACAACUGAACAGGGGAAGACAUUGAAGGAUGCACAAGGCGAUGUAUUCCGUGGAUUAGAGGUAGUGGAACAUGCAUGCGGUAUGGCAACCUUACAGAUGGGAGAGUAUGUGUCUAACGUGUCAAAUGGUGUGGAUACUUAUAGCAUAAGAGAGCCUUUGGGUGUUUGUGCUGGGAUUUGUCCAUUCAACUUCCCAGCAAUGAUUCCUUUAUGGAUGUUUCCUAUUGCAGUUACAAGUGGGAACACCUUCGUUCUAAAACCAUCAGAGAAAGAUCCAGGGGCUUCAAUGAUGCUAGCUGAGUUGGCAAUGGAGGCUGGGUUGCCUGAUGGAGUUUUAAAUAUUGUUCAUGGAACUCAUGACAUUGUUAAUGCUAUAUGUGAUGAUGAAGAUAUCAAAGCAAUAUCAUUUGUUGGUUCAAAUACAGCCGGUAUGCAUAUUUAUGCCAGGGCAUCAGCUACUGGAAAACGUGUUCAGUCCAACAUGGGAGCUAAGAAUCACGGCAUUGUCAUGCCUGAUGCAAACAUUGAUUCCACAUUAAAUGCUUUAGCAGCGGCGGGAUUUGGUGCUGCUGGACAGAGAUGCAUGGCACUAAGUACAGUGGUGUUUGUUGGAGAGUCAAAAUCAUGGAUUGAGAGAUUGGUAGAGCGAGCACAGGCACUAAAAGUAAGUGCUGGAACAGAACCUGAUGCUGAUCUUGGACCUGUAAUUAGUAGACAGGCAAAGGAUCGAAUAUGCCAGUUGAUUCAAAGCGGUGUAGAUAGUGGGGGUAAAUUGCUGCUGGAUGGAAGAAAUAUCACGGUACCUGGAUAUGAAAAAGGUAAUUUUAUUGGUCCCACCAUCUUAUCAGAUGUUACUGCUGAUAUGGAAUGUUAUAAGGAGGAGAUUUUUGGCCCUGUUCUCCUCUGUAUGCAGGCUGAUAGUCUAGAAGAGGCCAUAAGAAUUGUCAAUAAAAAUAAAUAUGGAAACGGUGCUUCCAUUUUCACUACGUCUGGGGUAGCGGCAAGAAAAUUUCAAACUGAAAUUGAGGCAGGGCAGGUUGGCAUCAAUGUUCCCAUUCCAGUUCCUUUACCCUUCUUCUCAUUCACUGGCUCCAAGGCUUCUUUUGCAGGAGAUCUCAAUUUUUAUGGCAAGGCUGGGAUGAACUUCUACACACAGAUCAAGACUAUAACCCAACAGUGGAAGGAUUUGCCAGGUGGCUCUGCAGUGUCUCUUGCAAUGCCAACUUCUCAGAAAUCUUAAUGUUAGGUUUCGUUGACUUGAGUGUUUUCAUCUGAACAUGUAAUGCAACAGAAGAACAUGCUGCCCCAGCCCGCCUCAAAUAAAUUUGAGGUGCUCACUAAAAGUUUCUUUGGAUUAGGAAUAUAGUUUUUUCAUUUUGUACUAUUGGCAUAUUCUUUGAACUUACUUUUUUUAGUUUAUAAGAUUUUUAGAUGUGUGUUAAAUAUUUAUAUAAAGACGAGUAAACAUAAAUCACCAUGAAAUCUACAUCGGGAGAGUUCAAAACAG